AUGGUAUUUUGUGGUUUGUGUUGCAGUGAUAAAGAGAGUGUGAACAAUGCGGAAAUCUCUGAAAUUGUAUAUAUAGGGGCCGAAAAAAGUGAAAUCUUCAAUCAUGAAGAACUUCAAAAUGCCGAUCAGAAAGUGGAAUACCUGCGAGGGGCUCUUAGUGCUAUCACAAAGAAAAUCGCUCCCAAUGGACUCUCAGAUAUCGACAAAUUAUCGAAAAAGACCUUGGAAUAUCAGCUAGGCACAAUUUUCAUCGAAGAAGCCAGACAAUUCCGCGAAUGCCCUUUGCUUCAGAUGAUCCUGAGCGAUUGUGGGAAAGCGGAACAGCAGCUUGCCCGAGAAUAUGCCGAUCAUGAGGUGAAAGUCGAAGAUUUGGUAUUCAAACCUUUGCAGAACGUCCUGGAGAAUGAUUUCCCGAAUAUUCUUAAGCACAAACAUAACUUAAGGAAGUAUUGUUUAGAUAAGGAUUCUGCAAGUAAUCGAUACCAGGCUUCUGGCAAGGAAACGUUACGAGAAGACAUGGAGGAGGCCGAUACCAAAGUCGAGCAGAGUCGUGACGCAUUGGCCGUUGAAAUGUUUAACGUUUUAGCGAAAGAAAAUGAAAUUUCAGAAUAUAUGUUACAAUUGUUGAAAGUGCAGAGAAGUUACCAUGAAAGUGCCCUUAAAAAUUUACAAGAACUGAUUCCCCAUUUGGAGAAAAGAAUAGGUGAUAGUCAUGUAAGAAGAGUAUUCGGUACGUCUCUAAGAGAACACCUUCGAAUUACCAACAAACGUAUAGCUUACCCCCUAGAAAUCUGCAUAUCGGCCCUUACGGAAUACGGCAUGUCCGAGGAAGGAUUGUUCCGGGUCGCCGCUAGCACAUCAAAAGUGAAAAGACUGAAAGCCGCCAUCGAUUCGGGAUGCUUCUCCGUUCUCAUCCCGGAAUACAGAGACGUUCAUAUUUUGUCGAGCUUGUUGAAGUUAUAUUUAAGAGAACUACCUGAACCCUUGUUAACCGAUCAUUUGCACAAAGAGUGGCUGGACGCCGUACAGGUACCAGAAAUUCACCGUUUAGAAGUAGUAAAAGACAUCCUGACGAAACUUCCGCAGGAAAAUCGAGACAAUCUAGCGUACCUCUUCCAGUUCUUUUCGAAAUUGGCCAAACACCCUGAGAACAAAAUGACUGCAUCGAACCUGGCCAUAGUUCUCUCGCCGAAUUUGCUCGGCAACAAGCACGAAUUGGACGUAAAUAUUGGAAAUUGCGUUACUGUUAAUAUUCUAGUCGAACUAAUGAUAAAAGAAAGCGACCAUUUGUUCCCUGAAGAUGUCAGUAAAUAUGUGAGCGUGAUGGACAUAUUUCAGGAAGAUGAUACUUCCAGUAAUUUUAAGGCUAGCAAUUCAAACUUGGAUUUUUGUAUGGAUAGUCCAAGACCGAAUCAAAGAAAGAAGAAAUCUGCCCCUGUACCUCCAAUUAACAACGCUAAAGUGGACAGCACGCCCAAGUUGGUGCCUUUAUCGCCAAAGAAUUUAGUAAAAACCGAAGAAAGUCAGCCAGUACACAUUUCCCAGUCCCAAACAAAUGCGCCUCCUCCGAUGCAAAAUCCCAAACCAAAAUUGGAAGAAAUUCCACAUCGGCCGUCAGUACAAACCAAGGAAGUUCCACAAAACAAAAUAAUAGUACACCCCAGUACCUUGCCGAGGCCGAGCGAUUCGCAUAAAAAACUGGCGAAUACGAAAGACGGGGUUAAUCAGACCAUACAGAAAUCGGAUAGAGGUACGAUGACUGAAGGCGUGAACAAUAAACAAGCUGCAAUUGUUGAUCCGAAAUAUACUUCCAGCAUCUAUCAUAAGGUGAACCCAACUGUGAUACCCGAUAAUAAACCAGAUGACAUUGAAGAAGUUCAAAUUAGACGAAAAGACCUUAGUCAAAAGCCGGAAAUCCCAGCUCGCCCUUCAUCCCUGAGAACAUCAGCCCAAUGUUCGGUCUACAACGUUGCCAACAAACAACAACCUGCUUUCAUCAACAUACAGGGUAAACAGGAAUUCUACCAACCCGGUCAUGACAACAAGAUAGCCGACAAGGAGAGGUUCUUGGGCCACAAACCGGAAAACAGAGACUCAAACCACAACAGUGAAAACGAAAGAACGAUCUCGGAGAACUCUAGAAAUAGUCUAGAGAGCCAGGGCAGUUUAAUGGUGAAAUCAGUCGAUAGUUUAGGUGAAAAUUGUGAUACGAAAAACGCUAAUCAAAACGUGCAGAAAUCUAGUCAUAAUAGAGCUAGGUCAGACGGAGGGAUGAUCGAUUUGAACAAGGGAAUCGCAGUAGGCGCACAGGGUAGAAAUUUAAGCAAACCGACGCAACCUCCACCUCCUCCGCCCGAUUUGAUAGGGUAG